GAUGGGGAAAUCAGAUAGACAUCAAUCGAGUAAUUAACAUGAAAUGACGGGCUUUUCUCGCUGCUUACCGACUGACUGAGGAUUCAGUAUUGGCUUGAGCUCCAACAGACAACGAUAAAGAUUUGUGUAUCAUUUGUAACACUGGAUAGCUCCUGUUGGAAGAAGACCAAUAAGUUAUCGUGCGCAUUGUGCCCGGCGUCUCCAGUUGAAGCAGCAUCACCACCACAUAUUCACAGAGUAACACUUUCAGCAACAACAUACAGAUACUUGAGGUCAUACUUCGGUUUUGCUGUUGGCCCCGUUCUUCUAUUUAGCAGAAGAUGUACGGUAGUGCCCGCUCUGUUGGCAGAGGGGAUGCCAACCAUAGUGGAGGUAGAGAUGGAGGUGGUACUGGCAAUCAGGGAUCUAGCCGUUCCCCUCGCCUUCCCCGUUCUCCUCGGAUGGGACACCGUCGCACCAACAGCACCGAAGGCAAUGGAGGAGGUCCUGGAGGAGGAGGAGGCAAAACCCUUUCCAUGGAAAACAUCCAGUCCCUCAAUGCAGCGUAUGCCAACUCAGGACCAAUGUACCUGAGUGACAAUGAGGUUGCCAUGGCAGGUGACCACAUUCCCAAAAGUGGUGUGACAGUCACGACCAUGGGGAGACAUAGGGUGACAUACGGGUCAAGGGGCAACAGCAGUGGAGUUGUGGCUGCUAGCACCCCCAACAUCUCCACCUUAGUGCCUGGCAAUGCUCUGCUGCCAGCAGGCAUGAUGGCAGGUGAUGCUCUCGCUUUUGGGGACCACCACAUGGCUUCCACUGUGCCCCACUCUCUAAGGCAGGCCAGAGAUAACACCAUACUGGACUUGCAGGCCCAACUGAAAGAGAUUCUGCGUGAGAAUGAGAUGCUGCGGCGAGAGGUGGAGGUUAAGGAGAGCAAGCUCAGCUCCUCCAUGAAUUCUAUCAAGACCUUCUGGAGCCCAGAAUUAAAAAAGGAGCGAGCUCUCAGGAAAGAUGAGGUUUCCAAGAUCACAGUCUGGAAGGAGCAAUAUCGCGUGAUUCAAGAUGAAGCACAGCAUCUCCAGAUGACUGUUCAAGCUCUUCAGGACGAACUGAGGAUCCAGAGGGACUUGAAUCAGCUGUUUCAGCAAGACCCCGCCCUCCAAGGCCGGGACCUGGCCCUCGCCUCUGAACCCACGGAGGAGAACUACCGGCGACUAUAUGCGGAGCACGAGAGGCAGGCCAAAGAGCUCUUCCUCCUAAGAAAGACCCUCGAGGAGAUGGAGCUCAGGAUUGACACGCAAAAGCAAACUCUGGGAGCCAGAGACGAGUCUAUCAAGAAACUUCUGGAGAUGCUGCAGAGCAAAGGGCCGUCUGCCAAGGCUUCAGAGGAGGACCAGGAGCGGACCAGGAGACUGGCUGAUGCAGAGAUGCACAGGCAUCACCUUGAGAGUUUACUGGACCAGAGAGACAGGGAGAUUAAUGCACUCAGAGAGGAGCUGCACCGUCGAUUCGAGGGAACCCCUGAGUCCACAAAAACUAAGGCUCUGCAGACUGUCAUCGACAUGAAGGAUGCAAAAAUGAAUUCCAUGGAGCGUGGCCUGCGGGACAUGGAGGAGGAGCUGCUCAUGCUGAAAUCCAAUGGCCUGCUGAGCUGUGAGGAGCGGCAGGAGGAGAUGAAGCAGAUGGAGGUCUACCGCAGCCACAUGAAAUUCAUGAAGAACAAGAUAGAGCAGGUGAAGCAGGACCUCUCCAGGAAGGACACCGAGCUGCUUGGUUUGAGGACCAAGCUGGAGACGCUCACCAACCAGUUCUCAGACAGCAAGCAGCACAUCGAAGUCCUCAAGGAGUCCCUCACUGCCAAAGAGCAGCGAGCCGCCAUCUUACAGACGGAGGUGGAUGCCUUGCGCCUGCGCUUGGAAGAGAAGGAGUCCACUCUGAAUAAGAAGAGCAAACAGAUACAAGAAAUGUCAGAAGAGAAGGGCACUCUCAACGGGGAGAUCCACGACCUCAAAGACAUGCUGGAUGUCAAGGAGCGCAAAGUCAAUGUGCUUCAGAAGAAGAUUGAGAACCUGCAGGAGCAGCUGUGGGACAAGGAGAAGCAGAUGAGCAGCCUGAAGGAGAGGGUCAAGUCUUUGCAGGCGGACACCUCCAACACCGACACUGCUCUCACCACACUGGAGGAGUCUCUUGCAGAAAAGGAGCGCAUUAUUGAGCGUCUAAAAGAGCAGCGAGAUCGAGACGGCCGGGAGAAGACGGAGGAGAUUGACAGCAACAAGAAGGAACUGAAAGAGCUGAAGGAGAAAGUGAGCCUACUGCAGGGAGACUUGUCGGACAGAGAGACGUCUUUGUUGGACCUGAAGGAGCAUGCAUCGUCCCUGGCCUCCUCCGGUCUGAAGAAGGACUCCAAACUCAAGAGUAUGGAGAUCGCCUUGGAGCAGAAGAGGGAGGAGUGCCUCAAAGUGGAGAAUCAGCUUAAGAGAGCUCAAAACGCAACCCUGGAAGCUCAGGCCAACACUGAGCUGGCCGAGCACAUUAAGAACCUCGAACAGGAAGUGGCCCGCCACAAGGAGGAUUCUGGGAAGGCCCAGGUUGAGGUGGACCGCCUGCUGGAGAUCCUUCGGGAAAUGGAGAAUGAGAAGAAUGACAAGGACAAAAAGAUCAAUGAGCUGGAGAGGCAGACAAAGGACCAGUCAAAGAAGGUGGCUUCUCUCAAGCACAAGGAGCAGGUGGAGAAAAGUAGGAAUGCUCGACUCAUGGAUGAGGCCAGGAAGAGGGAGGACAACAUGUCUGAGCAGGACGCUCUGCGUCAGAAGUCUGAGCGCAUAGAGGAGCUGGAGGAGGCCCUGAGAGAAAGCGUUCAGAUCACGACGGAGCGAGAGAUGGUGCUGGCACAGGAAGAGGCUGCCAGGUCUCUCCAGGAGAAACAGAAGCACUCACUCAAACCAAUGCAUGAGUCCCACCUCGCCCACUUUAAGUGGUCUAAGAUGGAGGAGCUGCUGGGGGCCAUGGAGAAAGUGAAGCAAGAGCUGGAGUCCAUGAGAGCCAAACUGUCCUCCACCCAGCAGUCUCUGUGUGAGAAAGAGACUCAUCUCUCAACGCUGCGAGUUGAGCGCAGAAAACACUUGGAGGAGGUGCUGGAGAUGAAGCAGGAGGCGCUGCUGGCUGCAAUCAGCGAGAAGGACGCGAACAUAGCCCUGCUGGAGUUAUCCUCCUCCAAGAAGAAGAAGACCCAGGAUGAGGUGGCGCUGCUGAAACGGGAGAAGGACCGAUUGGUGCAACAGCUCAAACAGCAGACUCAGAACAGAAUGAAACUGAUGGCAGAUAACUAUGAGGAUGACCAUCUGAAGACUGCGCCUGACCAGACCAAUCACAAACCCUCUCCAGAUCAGAUGAUAGCCCCUCUUCUAGCCCUGUCCCAGAACCGCAGUAAACUCAAGCUCUACAUCGCCCACCUGACUGACCUCUGCCAUGACCGCGACCCCAGCAUCCUCAGCCAGCUCACGCCGCCCUCUCACUACCACCACAGCGACCCCGACGACUGGGAGGAGGAGCUCCAGAAGAUGAGUGUCGAACAGGUCGAGAGAGAGCUGGAUGUGUGUGAGAAGGAGAGCGGGGAGCUGCAGGAGUACGCCAACUCUGUUCUCCAGCAGAUCGCAGACUACUGCCCCGAUAUCCUGGAGCAGGUUGUCAAUGCCCUGGAGGAGUCGUGCUGACACCUCUGACCUCGGACACAACCUGGCUGACCCCUGGUGUUGUAUAAUAUGUAGCCGGGCCCAGGUGCCCCGACCUCCACUCAAUGAGGCUCCUGGGAGGAGGAGAGUGAACGUGGGCAUCCCGUCUCACCCCGCAGAGCUUUUCCUCUUCGCUCCCCUCCUCCACCCGGGAACAUACUUUCACACCGCCUGUGUGCUUUCCAGUCUCAAGUGUCGCUCUAUAAAAUCGAAUGAGGCGCGUUCACAAACGUCGAAACGUUGUCAAGUCUGGCACUUUGAGCUUAUAUCAGAUGACACACGGCAGUCUCUUUAUUUUAAUGACAGCGGUGGCAGAUGGAGGCGUCUCAGUGGGAAGAGAAGAACUAAAGUACACACCUAAUCACAUCAUCAGGCAUGCAACAGCAAACUGGAGGCUUGCAAAAAGUUAACCGCUCACCCGUAAGCAUUUGGGAAUUCACCAAAAUUCAAUUUUGUCUUGUAGUAUACUUGGAAAAAUAUUGUAGAGCUGUAAGUCUGGGACAGGUGCGUUGGGAGAUAAAGGAUAUGAGAUGAAAGAAGCAACGUUCUGCACAAAGUCUUGGAGUAUACUGCCAACCUUCCUCUCCCGAGACAUAUCUAUUCACAGCAGGAACUGCUAGAUCAAGCACAGUUACCUCACCUUGGAUUCCUCUUGCGUAUCGUUCAAGUAAAGACCAGGGAGCUGCUACAUCGAGAGGGGAGCACAGAGGAGCUCAGUUCAGUGGGUAGAUGAUGGAGCUAUGGAGAAGCUUAUUUUGUAUUGUAGUCAGUGUUCCCUAACUAGUUGGCGGGACUCGCUAGUUAGAAAUACAGCUACCGGUGUCCAGACAUCUGAACACUUUGGAAAUGCCACAUAUGAACCAAAUAUAAAUGCUCUCCAAAUGUUUCUACUCCCGGCGCGGAUCUGUCAUUGUAGCGAGGAUGAAGCUGUAGGAAUGUUUUACUGUGCGAUCUGUGGCUGAGAGGGGAAUCUGACACAGAUCUGAGGUCAGCUUUAAGUUACACAAUGUGCUAAAAUAUCAGAGAGAGGGAGGAGAAACAAAAAAAAGAAGUUAUUCUCCGAGAUGCAUUCAGUUUUCGAUGGUUUUGCACACAACGUCCACUUGUUUAUGAGGUAUGCAAUGUUUCUGUUGAACGUUCUCGUGGCCUUGGAGCAUGAACAGAGAUCAGUACUGGACCUAAUGCAGGGAUAUUUUGUUCCUCUGUUAUAUUGGUGCUAAGGCAUGAUGUAAGAUCCACUGAUCAUUCAGUCUCAUCCAAAGUGUGUGUAGAUGUUACUUAAAGCCCACCUCAUCUGUAGUUUGUCGACUGAAUCACUGAAGAAUUACAAGCGAUGCUUCCAUUUCUUGUAUUUUUCAAAUCAAAAAUGCAAGUGAUUCCUCCCUUUAUUGUAUUUGUUUUAAAUCUUCAGGGCUGAGGUUUUUAAUUACUAAGUGCAUCUACAUUUACAGGAAACAAGUCACUUUUCAGCAGAUUUUGACUCUUUAGAUCAGUUUGUAUAUAACGUGAUAUUUAACGCGUAGUGACUGAUUUCAAGUUAAUUAAGUGGAAUGUGUUGUGCAUUCUUUAAAAAAAAAAAUUCAAAAGUUAAAAGCAGUGCAGUUGUCAAAUGUUGUCUCCAGGACAAAGCGUGUGUGUGUGCGCGUGUGACAGUACUGCCAUAACUCGCGGAAAGUCAUGUUCUAUAGAGAUAUAUAAUACAUAUAUAAAAAUGUUUACUGUAUGGAUAUGCAUUGAAUGUUUGCACAGAAUCUUGAAGAGUGAGCUGCUCUGAACAAAACGUUGAGUUGGUGUCUUCAGCAGAAACUGAAGAAAGUGUCAAAAAAAUCUUGUGUCAAAAAUAACAUGUGAACUAGAAAUGUUUUCAAACCGUGACUGUGUGAUGGGAGAGUACUUUUCUUGCAUUCAUUUUCUAAUCAGCGAAUUGAAAAUAUAUUUUCACCAAAUGGUGAUGUACAUUUCUUUUCUUUUUUUAUCCCGAGAUUCCAGUGUUGUCUUUUUUUCUUCCCGGUUGUGUUAUUUCAAUGUUUUUUUCUUUUGGCUGGUUAAUGUCAAAAGCAGAUUGUGCCUGAUGGAUAAAAAAUAAAGUCUCCAACCACCAUCGCCUUCCUGCUGUUGUAAGAACAUAAUGUGAUGUAAUAAAACUGCAUCUGGAAGUUUUCUAACACUCUCUGUAUAUGGGUGUUUUACUAACAACAAAACAUCCACUGGUUUUGGAAGACAUCAGUCGGAUGACGUCUGUCAUAACUGAGUGGAGACGCAUUUCCCAAUGUCUCGUUACAGCCCACCCCCCCCACCACCACUGGGUUCAGAGAAAGAAGCGAGCCUCUGUUGGUGUUUAAUUCCCCUUACUUUGGCCUGUGUCCCUGCCCUUGCCUUAAUGUCUCGUCAUCUCUCUUUCUCUUCUCUUUAUUGAGGACCACAGGGCUGAUUAAGGGGCAUCUGUCAAGUUCAUGGCAUUUGUUUUUUAGUUUUGCAUUUGUAUAAGAAAUGUACUGCCUUCUGUCUGUUCGUGUUACGAAAUCAAACUGUCAACAGAAAGCAACACAGACAUUUGCGAGUCGUUUGGAUUUUGUAUGUAAAUAAAUAAAUUAUAAGCCUUGA